GAGCCAGGAGCCCGAGCGAGAUGAUGAUGGUUAUGCAGCCCCAGGGUCUGAGGGCCGGGGAGGGGCCCUUCGUCAGCGGCGGCGGCGGGGGAGGCGACUACAUGGAACAGGAGGAGGAAUGGGACCGCGACCUGCUUCUGGACCCGGCUUGGGAAAAGCAGCAGCGGAAGACCUUCACUGCCUGGUGCAACUCACAUCUGCGCAAGGCAGGCACCCAGAUUGAAAACAUCGAGGAGGAUUUCCGCAAUGGCCUCAAACUCAUGCUGCUCCUGGAGGUGAUUUCAGGAGAGAGGCUGCCCAGGCCAGACAAAGGCAAGAUGCGCUUCCACAAGAUCGCCAAUGUCAACAAGGCCCUGGACUUCAUUGCCAGCAAGGGGGUUAAGCUGGUGUCCAUCGGUGCUGAAGAGAUCGUCGACGGGAACCUUAAGAUGACCCUGGGCAUGAUCUGGACCAUCAUCCUGCGCUUCGCCAUCCAGGACAUCUCUGUGGAGGAAACCUCGGCCAAGGAAGGCUUGCUCCUGUGGUGCCAGCGGAAGACUGCGCCAUACCGCAAUGUCAACGUGCAGAACUUCCACACCAGCUGGAAGGAUGGACUGGCCCUGUGUGCUCUCAUCCACCGACACCGCCCUGACCUCAUCGACUACGCCAAACUGCGCAAGGAUGACCCCAUUGGCAACCUGAACACUGCUUUCGAGGUGGCGGAGAAAUACCUGGACAUCCCCAAGAUGUUGGAUGCAGAAGACAUCGUGAACACCCCAAAGCCAGAUGAGAAGGCCAUCAUGACCUAUGUCUCCUGCUUCUACCAUGCCUUUGCUGGGGCUGAGCAGGCAGAGACAGCUGCCAACAGGAUCUGCAAGGUGCUGGCUGUGAACCAGGAAAACGAGAAGCUGAUGGAGGAAUAUGAGAAGCUUGCCAGUGAGCUGCUGGAGUGGAUCCGCCGCACUGUACCAUGGCUGGAGAACCGUGUGGGUGAGCCCAGCAUGAGCGCCAUGCAGCGCAAGCUGGAGGACUUUCGGGACUACCGGCGCCUGCACAAGCCGCCCCGCGUUCAGGAGAAGUGCCAGCUGGAGAUCAACUUCAACACACUGCAAACCAAGCUGCGGCUGAGCCACCGGCCUGCCUUCAUGCCCUCUGAGGGCAAGCUGGUCUCGGAUAUUGCCAAUGCAUGGCAGGGACUGGAGCAGGUGGAAAAGGGUUAUGAGGACUGGCUGCUCUCAGAGAUCCGGCGCCUGCAGCGACUCCAGCACCUGGCUGAGAAGUUCCAGCAGAAGGCCUCCCUGCAUGAAGCCUGGACCCGGGGGAAGGAGGAGAUGCUAAGCCAGCGCGACUACGAGUCGGCAUCGCUACAGGAGGUGCGGGCGCUUCUGCGGCGCCACGAGGCCUUCGAGAGCGACCUGGCGGCGCACCAGGACCGCGUGGAGCACAUCGCCGCGCUGGCCCAGGAGCUCAAUGAGCUGGACUACCACGACGCAGCGUCAGUGAACAGCCGCUGCCAGGCCAUCUGCGACCAGUGGGACAACUUGGGCACACUGACCCAGAAGAGGCGGGACGCACUAGAGCGGAUGGAGAAGCUCCUGGAUACCAUCGACCAGCUGCAGCUGGAGUUUGCCCGGCGGGCAGCGCCCUUCAACAACUGGCUGGACGGUGCCGUGGAGGACCUGCAGGACGUAUGGCUGGUGCACUCAGUGGAGGAGACCCAGAACCUGCUGACAGCACAUGAACAGUUCAAAGCAACACUGCCCGAGGCUGACCGAGAGCGAGGUGCCAUCCUGGGCAUCCAGGGUGAAAUCCAGAAGAUCUGCCAAACGUAUGGGCUGCGGCCCAGCUCCACCAACCCCUAUAUCACCCUAAGCCCACAGGACAUCAACACCAAGUGGGACAUGGUCCGAAAGCUGGUGCCCAGCCGUGACCAGACACUGCAGGAAGAGCUGGCACGGCAACAGGUGAGUGAGAGGCUACGGAGACAGUUUGCAGCCCAGGCCAAUGCCGUUGGACCCUGGAUCCAGGCAAAGGUGGAGGAGGUGGGACGGCUGGCAGCAGGACUGGCUGGCUCUCUGGAGGAGCAGAUGGCCGGGCUGCGGCAGCAGGAACAGAACCUCAUCAACUCUAAGAGCAACAUUGACCGACUGGAAGGCGACCACCAGCUGCUGCAGGAGAGCCUGGUGUUCGACAACAAGCACACUGUCUACAGCAUGGAGCACAUCCGUGUGGGCUGGGAGCAGCUGCUCACCUCCAUUGCUCGCACUAUCAAUGAGGUGGAGAACCAGGUACUGACCCGAGACGCUAAGGGCCUGAGCCAGGAGCAGCUCAAUGAGUUCCGGGCAUCCUUCAACCACUUUGACCGGAAGCGGAACGGGAUGAUGGAGCCUGACGACUUCCGGGCUUGCCUCAUCUCCAUGGGCUAUGACCUGGGAGAAGUGGAGUUUGCUCGCAUCAUGACCAUGGUGGACCCCAACGCAGCUGGGGUUGUGACCUUCCAGGCCUUCAUUGAUUUCAUGACCCGAGAGACAGCCGAGACUGACACGGCUGAGCAAGUUGUAGCCUCCUUCAAGAUACUGGCAGGAGACAAGGUGAGCCUUGCGUGGUGGAGGGGGCUGGUGGGCUGGGGCGGGAACAGAACCUGUGGGCCCUCAACUCCUCUCCUCCCCCAGAACUACAUCACCCCCGAGCUGCUACGGCGGGAGCUCCCAGCUGAGCAGGCUGAGUACUGCAUCCGCCGUAUGGCACCCUACAAGGGCUCCGGGGCUCCGGCUGGAGCCCUGGACUACGUGGCCUUCUCCAGUGCCCUCUACGGGGAGAGCGACCUCUGACCUCUGACCUUGACCCCUGAGGUUCUUCAUGCAAGAAGGAGACGGUGCUUUCUGCAGCUGAUCCCAUCCAUCCCUUGGAGCGAGGGCCUCAGAGAACGGCCAGCCAAAUAUUUCUGAAUAAAGAUCCAUCCAUGGGCCUCUCCC